CCAUAAGUCUAGAUAUGAGCUGAUAGGAGUUUGCCGACACUCACCUAUACUCAGAAACAACGAUACCUUGACAUUUGAUAUAUUUAGACAAGCAUUACAAGGAAGCUCUUUGUAUAGAUGUCUUACCUAACAGAAGUAAGUAAGUAGCUGCUCCGUACGAGAAAUUAUUGAGGCGGAACAGUGGGCGGAAGGAAAUAUUCAGAUAGGAAAGAGGGUGCCUUCUUAUUAAAUCGGUGACGUCGUUGAUGAUCGGUGACACAACCACCAUCAAAAGAAUAAAAAAAAAAAAAAUUUAUAAAUCGAAAUCUCUAAGAGCAAUGACACAUAAACCUAAUUCAUAUCAAUAAAAUAAGAACACCCACAGCAGAGAAGUAUCAAUCAAGGAUACCUACAGCAAGCAAGGAUACCCACUGUACAGAAAACAACAAUCAAGGAUACCCACUAUACAGGAACAGCAAGCAAGGAUACCCACGGUACAGAAAACAACGAUGGCCUCUAGUGGAAUAAUGAGCCAGACUAUUAUUGCUACACAUCAGUCAAUUAUAACUUUAAUAAAAGAUCGUGUAAAACCACUGAUCGAUACCUGGGAAAAUGAGAUUAAGGAUCUCCUAACAAAAAUAAAAAAGAUUAAGGAAGAGGAGAAGGCACAACGUCUGUUUGAUAUGCUGUCUGGAAUGAUAGACCAAGUCACAGAACUCCAGAAAACGUUUGGUUAUACAUCACGUGAAGUUCAUAGAGACUCCCAGAAAGAAUCUUCUAAGACCUUAUCAGCAGAUGUGGAAAAGGCAAUAAAGGAUUGGCAGAAACAAAUAAAAAAGAUGAUUGAAAAAACACCUGACAAACAAAAACAAACCAAUGACUUGGAACAAUUAUUAAAUGUGAUCAGAACUCGUCUACAGUUUUGGCAUGAAAAACUUUUGGCAAUGGGUGCCUCAACAAAGCUACCGAUGCCACAGCAAAUAGACCCUCAGAAUCACCAUAGAAACAACGGGCAGCAACCAUCAAAGCAGCCAGCACCACAACCACCACAGCAGCCAGCACUUACAGCCACCACAGCAACCACAAUUACAGCCACCAGAUACAGCCACCAGAACAGCCACAGCCAUCACAGUCACCACAGUCGCCACAGCAACAUAUGCAUUCCCCACAACAGUCCAUGAAUGUAUCUGCAACAUCGCCAUCAACUACACCAGAGGGAAGAAAUAACAAUCCAGAAGAAAGCAAUGAAAAGCUGCAGAAAGAGCUUUUAGACUUACAAAUGAAGUAUAAUUCGAUGGUGGCAGAAGUUAGGGAUACAAAACAAGCCGAAGAACAACUUAACGCAGAAAUUAUCAGAUUAAAGAAUGUAAUGGACGAACAAAAGAGAGAGAUCGAGACAAAGUCAAGAGAAAAAAAUGAGCUCUUGAACAGGCUAAGUGCAGUAGCUGGCCAAAGACUGCGUGACAACAACCCAGCCAUCGCCGAUUUGAGCAGCGAGAUCAGACCGACCAAAAUAGCCGAGGGAUUCAAAGAGUUGUAUGACAAUGAGUGGACAGAAGCAUUUAUAGAGCUGAAGGAUCAGGGAUAUCAAGAUAUUGUGGCUAUACAAUUCCUGAUUACGGCUGUUGAGGACAGUUUUGAAUUCACGGCUGAUAUAUCAAGAAGGCGACUUGAACAUUUGGAAGCCAGCACUCGGGCCUUAGUAUCCCACAAAGAAGAGAAGCCAGAUGCUGUCAGGCACAUCAAUAAAGCAAAAACUAUUUCUGAAAGAGACAUGAAAUCUGAACACAGAUACCAGUACGGUUCAGUGCAGCAACAUGCAGAUCAGAAACAGGUUGCAUCCGCAAUCCUGUCUGAGGAAUGUGCCGACCUACUGAAACAGCUGAGGAAAGCAUCAGCUCAGGCCCUAGUUGAGGAAAUACAAAAUUGCUUCAUAGAGAACCGGAUGAGAAAUAAAGAGACUGCUGUGAAGCAGAAAGCGAUGAUCGACUUUUAUAAAGAAUGUGCAAAGAUCACUUGGUUCAUGAGUGUCCAAACUCCGCCUCUAACAUUGGCGCCAAAACCGGCGAAAGAUUCACCGAUCCAGACUGACUUGUACUUACAGUACACACAGUCUGGGAGCAAGGUGGAUUACGUAGUCUGGCCGGCUUGUCUACUUCACGAGAAUGGUCCUUUAUUGGCCAAAGGAGUCGUUCAACCAUUCAAACCGGAAGUGGGGGAUGGAGCUGAAGUAGGAAAAAGAAAAGCCUCCGUGCAUGGGAGUCAUGCAUCUGUGAGGCAGUCGGGCAAUGACAGAAGGUCAACUAUAAACUCAAACAACGUCAAUGAUCCGUCGAAGGGCGUGGGUAGAAGAGUAAGUUGUGACUAUGACACACAAUUCUAGUUUACAGUGAGUGAUAUAGCGCAUUUUUAUGUUUCUGUAUAGUUCCCAUAAUAGUAUAGUCGAAAUUGAAAUGACUUUUCCAUAUCUUGUGGUUCUUUAUAUUUAUAACUAAAGAUUUUAAUUUUUCAUUAGUUUCCGAAGAAAAAGUGCAGAAAUAGUUAAGUAAAAAAAACAACAACAACAAAAAACAGUUAUAUCACCUACAAAAUCAGUUCUUUAUAUUGUAUAUUAUAGAAAUUAAUAGCAAUCAAUAAUACAUAUUUAUUUCUAUUUGUUUUUGUUUUCGGCGUAUUUCGAAAGAGAUUGAAUGCGCAUUUAUAAUUGGUCGAUAUUAAAAGUUUUCUCUCUCACAAACACACUCACACGUACGCGCAUGCGCACACACACAUUUUGUCAUUUGAGGCGAAGUUUCCUCUUACUGAACAACAUAUGCUGGCCCGCACGCCAUCCAAAUAAUGCUUUGAUUAGUUUUGAGAGAAUAGCUAUAAGUCUCCCGCAAAUUGAAACGCGAAUCUUCUAUGAAUCUAGUGAAGCGCACUCAUCUGGAACUGUAUGUACAUGUAAAUCUAUAUUUUGUUGAUUUCUGCACGCAUUCGAUAGUUUUUGAUAAUGAGUUAUAAUUCUAUUAUCUUUAUAUUUUUAAAUGUUUUAUAUACGAUGAUCAAUAUCAACUUCUAAUACUUUUUGAUGUUAUAACGUUAAUAAAAUUACCGCUCAAUAGAGUGAUAGCAACAUGACACUGAUCUAUCUUUGAUGUUAAAAGUUAUAUACAUUAAUUAUUAAGCUCUCAGUCAAUACAUUUCAAAUAUUAUUUUACUCUAAUCACAACAUUUGAAGCUGUAAACAAUGUGAAUUAAACACUUGAGUCGGCAUGAACAAUUAAAAUCCAGCACUUUAUUGUCAAAUCAACAAAUAAUAAUGAAAAUACAUCUGUUGUCUUGAAGGGUAUGAAUACCGUAGAUACCUAUAUGUAUAUGCUGAUUUAGUAGAGGAUAUAAAUAAGGUUAAUUGACAAACUACCGUUUUAUUUGUGUAAACACGCAUGUCACCUGCUGUGAUUGAUUGAAGAUCAAUGAAAAAGAGAAAUAAAUAAAAGGCAGUAAUGUGGAGUGAAAAUAUCGCCAUAAAAUUUAAAUGUUUAAAAGUAGAGAGUAUACGUUGGCCUGACUAGCUCAGACUAGCGGGGAUUUCCCUUUAGCCAAGAGGUACAUUGUUUGCCUUGAGAGUGAGAGGUCGCUAGUUCGAGCCACAGCGCGGGCAGGGUAUUUUUCAUAACCUUUUCCUAUUAUAUAUGCAAUGAAAUGCAGAUUUCACGAUUGUUUGGAAAUUAUCUUAGUGAUAAACAGAAUCUUACAAGAUAAUCAAUUUGAUUUUAAGAUUUAGAGUUUUUAUUUAACCUUACUAGAUAAAAUGAUUUUUGGUAAAAUAAAAAAAGAAUAAUAAAAUAAAAUAAAAAGUAUUUAACUCUUACAUAAAUAUUAAGCCAGCUAAUGGAAACUGCUAAAAGAUCCUCUAAAUUACUAUGUACAAGUAUGCAUGUGAUAAAUGAUAUACACAGGCAGGUUUCAACAUUGUAGUAGUUUACACGCUAGUAGUAUACUUAGUAAAUACAUAUUAUAUACCAUAAAGCGAUGUAUUUAGCUUUAUCGUAAAUCAAGUUAAAUAUGAACGAUGGUAAUUCCGAAAUUAAAUGUCUAUUUAUAUAUAUUUUUAAAUACUCAGUGAUAAAAUAGAUAAUAUAUAUUGGUAUGGGUUUUAUCGUUACAAUGUGUUUUUUUUGUAAGGUGACUCUCUGAUUGUUCUUUAAGUUUCAUACUUUGAUUAAUAGUGAUUUUGCAAUAUAUGUUGUAGCUUUUAUAUUUAAACUUGACAUGAUGACGAAAUGUAUAUUAUUUAUAAAUAUUUAUAUAUGCAAAGACAUACAUACAUGUAUAUGGAUCAUCUAUUGCUAAUGCAAGUGAUCAUUUUAGCUCGCCGGGACGAAUUCCAUAGGGAACAAUUGCUAUACCCCCUUUGCCGGCGUCUAUAGACAGCUAGGAUAAAGUUUUUUAUAAAACAGUGUUGUGUGUUGAGGAUACAAUUUAUUUGACACGUGUAUUCCUUGUGACAAGACCUUUCCAUUUGUACCUGCUAACCUUGACCUUGACCAUAACCUUUGACCUACUUGCAUAAAAAACUUUUGACAAGAUAUUUGCAUUGGCAAUACAUUUGCGGACCUAUUGAACUUGACAGUGACCUUUGAACUAAAAAGAUAAUUCCGAAUUUCAACCCACUUGGCUAGCUAUGUUGUCUUCUGAUAAUGAUAUUAUGUUUUUCAUUAAUAAAAUACAUAAUCAGAGUAUAUCUGCGUUUGUCUUUUCCCCUUAUGAUAGCACGUAUUAGGUCUUAAAUCAUAUUAAAUGUAUAAAUGAGGAAUUAUAAAAACAUAUAAGUAUUGCCUUUAGUUUUGUAUGUUUGAUCAUUUGUAAGAUAAUUUUUUCUUAUCUACUUAUCUACUUAGUUAUUAUCAAAGAAUUUAAUUUCUGGAAUAAAUUUUCAUUUAUAUAUCCUUAUAAAAGUUCAUAGAUCAUAAAGGUAGUAAAUACAUUCAUAAUAUGUUCAAAUAUAUAAAUAAAAAUAUGUUAUAUUACAAAUUACAGUAGCUUAUACAAAAUAUAUAUUGAAACACGUUUGGUACGCUAAAAAUACUUCCUCCAUUGUCACACAUUCUCAAUUUAUCAGGUGUAUAUACAUAUAUUUAUAUAUACCGCAGAAUAAACUCGUCCCAUUGGAUACUCGAUGUCACGUGGUGACUCUAUUUACAUCAUUAUGGUGUCUCCUCGAGAUUUUUAAUGUUGUUGUAAUCAUUUCAUUACUGUGUUCUGUACCUUAUACUGGGUUGUCACCCUGCCUUUUAAUACAUAAAGGUGUAACUUUCUAAAGAAACAAAGAAUAACAUAUCAAACAUUUAAAUGAUUUGUCUAUUUGUUAAGUUUUGUUUGUCGUAGAUUCAUGAUGGGCUAAAAGAAUUGUUUGUGGACAUAACUAACCAUAAAACUAACGAUAAAAGUACAAAUUCACUUCAUGAAUUGUUUGAAAUGAAACAUAUAAUAGCAAGUAUAAUAGUCAGUAUUCAUUGAUACAGAAAGGACGAAUUAUAUGCAAACUCAAUCCGCAUGAACAUAACUUUCUGCAGGUGUUAACGUCGAGAAUCCAAACGUAGGAGACAGGAUAAACCUUCUUUCCGGAAAAAAAA